AUGGACGACGGCAAGCUCCUCCCUCUUCUUCUCCUCCAAGCCCUCCAAUUCCCAAGCCACAAAGGUGCUGAACUUGAUGCAAUGGAUCAAAAUGACAUAAAUUAUGAUGAUGACGGAGAAGAUACAAGCGAGAUGAGUGCAACUUCAAAUAAAAAAGGAAUGAGUCUUGACAUGUAUUUUAAGGUACAUGGGAUAAAUUUGGAAGAUGAAGAAGAUGAGGAAGAUAAAGAAAAUGAGCUUGAUGAUAAUGCAAAUGAUGUGGGUAGUGGAGGACAAACUAGUAAUGAAGGCACAAUAAAGAAGAAAACCCUUGGAAAAACUACGUGCAAAAAGCUUCAUGCCACAGAUUUUAAUGAUCGACGGGAGGUGGUAUUUUUUCAAGGGAAGCCUGUAGGUCCAACCAACGAGGUUGUAUCUGACCUCAACCAACUAUUGGGCACAACAGUUAGAAACCCUCGUUUUGUGACUUUGUUAUAUACUAGUUGGCAUGGUGUGCCUAAUAAACUCAAAGAGGACAUGUGCGAGUAUGCUAAUCAAAAGUUCACUCUUCGCAUAAGUUCAAAGCCGUGGGUAAUGCGGGGAUUUUGUGGUGCAUGGAAAAAAUAUAAGAGAGAAAUAAAAAAAGAGCAUUUCGUAAAGUACAACAGAAAGAAAGAAAUGAUAAAGAACCGACCAUUAGAUAUUCCCGAGGUUCAAUUUCGCAAACUAAUUCGGUAUUGGAGUCUUCCGGCCAUCAAGGCUAUCUCUGCUAAGAAUACUGAAAAUAGGUUGAAACAAACAUGUCCUCACCGAAUGGGAUCCAUAAAUUUUGGAAUAGUGCGUAAGCAGCUGCGCGACUCUAAAGAGAACAGUGAAAAACCAUCAAGGGCUGAAGUUUUCAUAGCAACUCGCACAAGUAAAAAAGGAAAAGAAAUUGAUGCUAAAACACAAGCCACAAUUACUGAACUUUAG